UGCUACUACUGCUACUUCUUGUAUAUGUAAUAUAUGAUGGCAACAAAGAAAUAGAAAAUAAAAUAAAAUAAAAGAAUGAGGUGCUAAUUAUUGAAGAUAAUCUCUAUGGAUAAUGAGCAAAAUCAAAUUGAAAGACAAACAAAACAUCAAUGAUAAUGAUGAGAGUGUGUUAUGGCGGAAUUUCACAUUAUGCUUUUGUGAUGAUCAUGAUCAUCAUGGUGAAUUGUUUUUGAUUGUGACCCUGAUUGUUCACAAUGAUGGCGUUGAUCACAAAUCACAAUUUUAAUCAUCAUUUGUAUUUCAGAGUUUUUUUUUUGGUGGUUGACAAUUAUUAUGCUACAAUGUAAAUAUUAUGUGGCCACAAAAAUUUUCGAAUAUUAUCACACAACAUUGUUGUGUUGUUGUCGUCGUCAUGGUUAAUGAGUAUUAAAAAAUUUCGAUAAUUUUCAAUCGACAAUUAAAUUCGAAUAGAAAUGAUCAUCAUGACAAAAAAAAAUUGGCAUAUUUUCAUGACCAAUUUCAAAAAGAGAGAUCUUUGAUCUUCGAAAAUAUUGUUGACUAGAAUGAGGAGGAAGGGCUGAAUCAACAUCAUAUGAGCUGUUUUUUUUUCGAUGACAAAAAUAACGUUGUCAAAACGUUUUUUUGUUGUUGGUAAAUGUAUAACACUGAUGUCAUAAUUAAAAAAUGGAAAGAAAAGAACCAGAAAAUGACGAAAAUCCAUCAAAUUCAAUGAUAUUCUGCAAUGCGGACAUGUUUUGAUAAUACGCAUGUCUGCAUUCAAUUUAUGGAUGAAUCUUGUCUGCUCAAAUAUUUCUUGUUGUUGUUUUUAUUAUUAUCCAAAACACGCUUUUUAUAUUUAUCUCCACGUUGUUUGAUUUUUUUUUUGUUACCAAAGAAAAAACACGUUCCUCGUCAUUUUUAUGUGAAUUAAUUACGACAAUAACAAUUAAUAAUGGCCAACACAAUGGACAAUAAGAAUAACAAAACAAAAUCGUAUGAUGAACAAUUUGAUCUGGAAAAAUUGUUUGCCGAAAUGAAUAAAGAAAAAUUUCUAAUACAUUUUGAAUAUUUUAUUAAAUAUUCUGAUGAAUGGUAUUGUUCAACCAAUGGACAACGACCAUUGUGUAUAAAUGAAAUUGUAACGAAAAUAACCGAUAAUCUAUUGAAUAAUGUUUGUUUAUCAAAUUUUAAAUAUGAAAAAUUAUUAUUCCAAAUACAAUGGCAAAAAUAUCUGUUCAACACUGGUGAUAAUGAUAAUGCGGAAGAAUCAUUAAAACCAUCAAUAUUUGUUCAUUUUAUAGCCGAAUAUGUACAGAUAUUUCCGAAUAGAUGUGAAAAAUUUUUGGAUGAUUUUCUAUUCAUUUUAAGAGGCCAAUCAACCGACAACAACAAUGAAACUGUGAUCGUGAAUGAAAAAGAAAUGGAAUUAUUCCUAUGUUUGAAACAAUCAUUUCAAUCGUUGAUAUCGAAUGUGAAGAAUUUCGAAUUUAUUCUAGUACGAUUGAUGAAAAAACAUUAUCCAUUCAUACAUAAUUCUAGUGUACAUGAAUUUAUUUGUUUUGCAUUCAAUAUGAUUCAAUUUGUUGAACUAUUUUCGUUUGAUAAUGCAAUCGAUUUGAUGGAUUUUUUAUUUAUAAAAUUAUUAGAAAUUGAUAUGGAACAAUUUUUCAAUGAAUUUGCCAACCAGAAUAAAGAAAAUUCGAAUGUAUUUGAAAUUGAACUUGAAUCAUUUUCGAUCGUCGACAAUGAUAAUAACAAUGAACGAUUUAAAAAAUUGAAAAUUCUUGAUUCCAUACUCAGCAUAUUGUUUAAUCAGAUUGAUGAUCAUCUAAAAUGUCAACAUGAACAACAGCAGCAACAACAACAACAGAAUGAAAAUGAAAACAAUCAUUGGGAUAAAUUGAUACAAAUAUUAACAAGAAUAUUUUUUCAACGUAUUCUAUCAUCAAAUUCUAUACAUUGUCAAUAUCUAAUAUUUUAUAUUUGUUCACAAUCAGAAUCAUAUUGUGAUAUUCUUGUCAAUGAUCUUUGGACAUUGUUAUCCACCACACAAACACCGAUACGUAUACGACAAAGUAGUAUAAAUAUUAUCAUUUCUCUAUUUCUAAAUGGACGUUUUAUCAAUACAAAUUCAAUAUUUUCAUUAUUGAAACUUAUACUACAAUCAUUGAACAGCUAUCUACUACAUUCGAAUCAUCAUCAUCAUAGUGCAUCAACAACAAUGAAAUCAAAUAUGAAUGAAAAUGAUUUAAUCUAUUAUCAAUUGUGUAUUGGUUUCUGUCAACUAUUCUGUAUAUUCCAUAAUGAUUUUAAUCGUAAUCAAAUUGAUUAUUUAAAAAAUAUGGACAUGAAACGUACUAUAUUAAUAUCUGAUUAUAAACCAUUACAAUAUGUUUCAUUGGAACUUGGUGAACAUUUUAUACAUCUUUGUAAUUAUUAUCGUAUUGGUUAUGCAAAUAUUUCCGAUAUUCAACAUCGUACAUUGAAUCAAACAUUUUCAUCACAUCAAUCGAAAACUUGUCAUUUUGGUAGCUGUUAUUUGAAAACGGUUAAAAAUCGUAUUCAAUUACAUGUUAAUGAUUUGGAUAAAUUAUUUGAUGGUACAAAUGAAAAUUUUGGCUAUCAAAUUCGUAAUGAAUCAUUAUUCAAGAAAAAUGAUUCA